CCCGGCCUCCUCCCACUUGUACGAUACACCUGGGCUACCUCGGAUCACAACAAUGAUUGGCCGUAUUUCGUACUCCCCGAGGGCUGCUUUUAUUCAUUUUCGUUCCUGAUUUUCGGCUGUUCCGACGUCAUUCCACCGAUACCACCCGGUACCUGGAUUCUCCAGCGUGCUUUUGUUCGGCCGGGGUUCUUGAUAUUUGCGAGGAUACCGUGUUUCUUGCUGAUAUUUACGUCAACGAGCGACGUGUCUGCCGUAUUUUAACGAAUUUCAUACACCGGGUCGAAGAAAUCAUGGCGACUGCGCCCGCGACCGCUGGUCCUAAAAAGUUGUCAUUCGCCAAGGUAGUUGCGUCUCACAACGCUUCUGCAGUAACAGCUUCACGAGUGGCCGUGCCUACGAUAGAGCACCGCGCACAGUCUCUAAACGCCGCAUCUAACCUCAGCAUGGUGAGCAAGGCGGCAGCGCUAGCUUCUCCGACUCUCUCGACGGUUGUCUCCAAGCCUCCACCGGUUUCUUCGGAAAACGGGGUCCCGGCCACUCCGCCCACCAGCCACGACGGUGCUAAAAACGCUAAGGUUGCGUCGGGUGGGAAGGAUUUCCCUACCACUGCAUCUUCCGGCGCCAGCGCUUCAUCCACGCCUAGCCUCGUUGUAAACGGCUCUUCGUCCUCCGCAGGGGAUUCACAGAGCAAGCAUGAAAACGGGACAUCGGUAUCUGAUGAUGCUUCGCAACGAGCAGAUUCUAGCUCCGAUAUGGGUACCAAACCCCCCAGCUUAGACGGGAAAAGCAUCACUUCGGGCACCACGUUUGCCCUUGAUGAGAAGGAAUCGUUGCGUCCUGAUGACAGUGCCAGCGUGAAGGCCGCUGCCGAUGACGACGAGGCUUUCUCCGUACGAGGUUCUCUACUUGCCAAUUCUCGAAUUGGCUCUGAAGUAGCUCGCAUACAUCGACUCCGGAUCGGCGACAUGCCCGAGCGGCGAAUUGUUCAGAUACUUCCCGAAGUACAAGGUCAGGGUGUGAUCACCCCGCAGAGCGGUGUUUCUAGCCAUCAACCUCCAGCGGAGCAAACCCCGGUCAUACCUGUAACCAACGGCGCUUCUGAUGCGUACAACUCGAUAUAUGGCCAGAACCCGGAUGAGAAGCUUCUUGAAGCCAUGCAAUCUCCGAAAGACCGAAUCUUCCUUCUUCGGCUAGAACAAGACCUCAUCAACUUUGUAGAAUGCUCUAAGGACCCUUAUAUGGAUCUCCCACCCAACAACUCGUUUUGCAGAAUGUUAACCCAUAAGCUGGCUGACUACUAUCACAUGACGCAUUCCUUCGAGGCGGUGCAGGGUUCUGUUCGCAUCUAUCGAACGCCGUUCUGCCGGGUGCCUCCUUCCUUGGCGAGUAUCGCGGGAAACAAUACCAGCAGUAGCUCGAAUGCGACACUGCCGCAGGUGCUGCCGAAGAAGAUUAUGCGACGAGGCGAGGAUGGUGGAUCCGGACAAGCUAGUACCGCCCCGUCUAAAGCUACCUCGGAAGUUGGAAGCGAAGGCAGGGAAAAAGCCGGACUAUCGAAAGAAAAACUGACGAGGGAGGAACGCGCGGAAGCCUAUUUCAAGGCCCGUGAGAGGAUCUUUGGGAGUGCGGAUAAACAGGGGGAGUCAACCUUGGCGGAUAAUGAUGAUGGGAAUGGGGUUUCCCGAGCGAGCUCCGUGUCCGCUAAGGACAAAUCGAAUCUGAGCAAGCGAGGAAAGACCAGCAAACAACGCAGAGAUGACUCGGAGAGCUUCGACUCACGCUCUCAGUACACAGCAUACUAUCACCCGCACCAGCCUAACUGGACAGCGCCUCAGUAUAUCCCUAUCGGCCAUCCGCAGUACACUGGCCCAACUCAACAGCCUUACCAGGGCCCGAUACCCCAGCCGUAUGCGGCUCCUCAGGGGUACCCUGCCAUGGUACCGAACAAUGCGUUCCCCCCGUACGUGAACGUACCCAUCUAUCCACCGCAGACCCAGCCCACCCCUCCGCGGUACCCGUCAUCCAACGGAUCCGUGGCCGCAUACGGCGGUCCCGUUCAAACGACUCCGCCCCAAACCUGGCCGCCCAGUUUUAAUCCGGCACCCUCCUCCAGCUCGUAUCAGGGUCGCGGACCUCAGCCUCCAACCCCGAGCCAGCACCCUAUCCCUGGUAGCUACAACCGGCAUGCGUUCAACCCUAAGACUCAGUCGUUCGUGCCUGCUACUGGCAUGAUGCAAGUUCAGCCUGCAAUUGGCCCCUACGGCGUCGGCGGUCAUGGCAGUCCUCAGGUCGGCUCCCCCCAUCUAGCCUACAGUGGAUUCAGCUCCCCUACUCCGCCUCAACCGUACAUAGGCGCGUCGGGUUACGGAAUGAGUCGUCAGGGUUCCAACAAUUCCUUACCGGCUUAUCAUGCAUCUCAACAUAUGCCCCAACACCCUUCUGCGCUCUUGCCACAGGCGCCCUCUCAGAUGCCUAACAAACCGGGUCUUGCUCCACCGACCGGACCUAGCCAGACCUUCGGUCACCUACCUAACUACGGCAACCCAGCCACCCUACCUCAGAAACCCCCUUCCGGAAUCUAGACCAGAAUUCACGCAUUGCGAUACAUACAUGAAAGGUGUAAGCAAGCAUUGGUGGUGGUGUAUUUCCGGCGAGGACUCGACACUGCGAGGGAUGGAUAAAGGGAACCCACA